AUGCAUCUUCACCCCGUAUUGGCCCUGUGCCUGGCCACCGCCGCCGGCACAGGCGUCGUGGUGGCACAGUCAUUACCACUAACACCAACACCACCACCACCACCACCACCAUCACCACCAUCACGACUUCCCCAGGACCGAGACUUGAAGACCGCCAAAGCCGACUACGGCAUCGACCGGCUGGCGGACAUAUUCUCGGCGCCGCGGCAAAACCACAAAUCUUCACCCAAGCGCUUCAUCGUCGAGUUCAAGGAUGGCGCCAGCAUCACGUCGCUGACGUCGACGACCGCGGGCAAGGUCAAGGUGCUCAAGGUCUUUGACAGCGACGUCUUUCGGGGCGCGGCCGUCGAGACGGACGAGGACAACGUCGACAGCCUGCGCGCACUCCGCGGCGUCGGCCAGGCCUGGCACAGCAAGCGCAUCAUGCUCGAUCCGGUGCGGCCCGAGUCGGUGGUCCGGGGAGGGAUGCAGACGGGCGUCAAGUUCAGCAGGCAGAACCGCGACGACGAGGAGGGCAAGAUCUCACUGCACCACAUGACGGGGGUGGAUAAGCUCCACGCCCGAGGCAUCAAGGGCAAGGGCGUCAAGGUCGCGGUGGUCGACACGGGCGUCGAUUAUACGCACCCGGCUCUCGGUGGUGCUUUUGGAGCGGGGAGCAAGGUCGUCGGCGGCUACGACCUGAUCGGAGACACCGACUGGCCGUACGCCCCAAAGCGGCCCGAUGCGGAUCCCAUGGACUACCAGGGCCACGGCACCCAUGUUGCCGGUAUCAUUGCCGCCAACGACGAGUUGAUCACUGGUGUUGCUCCCGAGGCGACGCUCUUGGCCUACAAGGUCUUUGGGCAGAACGCGGGCACGGACGAGGAUACGUUGAUCGAGGCGUUCUUGCGGGCAUACCAGGACGGCGCCGACGUCAUCACGUCGUCCAUCGGUGGCCUGAAUGGCUGGUCAAACAACGCCUGGGCCCUCGUCGCCUCCCGUCUCGUUGAGCGCGGCAUCGUCGUCACCAUCUCGGCUGGCAACGACGGCCAGGCCGGCCCGUUCGGAGCAAGCAGUGGUGCCACCGGGGUCAACGUCGUCUCUGUGGCUUCGGUUCAGGGCGACGUUAUCGCCAGCCCUCGCUUCGUGGCCACCUUUCAGGAUGGCAACAACGCCACCAAGAGCAGCGAGAAGCUCCCCUACCGAGCCAGCGAGGCAUGGACCCCAUCCGAGGUCGUCGGCUGGCCGUUCUAUGCCGUCGGCUUCGACACCAACGUCACCGACGAGGCCUGCAACCCCUUGCCCAACAACACGAUGGACCUCUCGCGCGUUGUGGUGCUCGCCCGUCGAGGCACCUGCACCUUUGCCGCCAAGCAGCGAAACCUCGAGGCAAAGGGCGCCAGGCACAUCGUCUUCUACAACAACCAGCAGCCCCUCGUCAUCCCAGGCGCCGACAACCCCAGCAGCCGCAGCAACAUCUCCAUGAUCGCCAGGGAGGACGGCGAGCGCAUCAUCGCCACGCUCCGGGCCGGCGGCCGAGUGCUGGCCGACUUCAACCUGGCCCUGCGCGACAGCAUGACCGGCAUCCCCUACGCUUACGGCGGCGUGCCCAGCUCCUUCACCAGCAUCGGCUCCACCAACGAGCUGGCCAUCAAGCCCGACGUCGCCGCCCCCGGUGGCCAAAUCUUUUCCACCUUCCUCAAGGGGAGCUACGCCACCCAGUCCGGCACUUCAAUGAGCUGCCCCUACGUCGCCGGCAUCGCUGCGCUGUACAUCAGCAAGCACGGUGGGAGGCAGGUCAACGGCCCGGGCUUCGCCAAGGACCUGGCCAUGCGCCUCAUCUCGGCGGGCCAGCCCGUGCCCUGGGACGACGGCACCGAGAGCGGCAGGGACUUUGGUGCGCUCGCCCCCGUCAACCAGGUCGGCACGGGGCUCAUCAACGCCACCAAGGUUCUCGACUACACCAGCACGCUCUCGCUGGCCCGCUUCGCCCUCAACGACACGCGCCACUUUGAGCGCUACCACAAGGUCGACGUGACCAACCGCGGCUCCGGCCCGGUCACCUACACCUUCCAGGCCACGUCCUUCUCCGGCAUGGAGACCUUCAACACGGACCCGGCCGUCUAUGGCACGCCCCGAGUCGCCUGGUACGAGGAGGUCAUGGCCAAGGGGCCCCGCCCCAUGCCGGCCGACGUCUCGCUGCCUCAGUCCUUCACCCUGCAGCCGGGGCAGACGCGGACCGCGCAGUUCAACUUCCGAGCCCCGACCGGCCUCGACGCCAGCGUGCUGCCCCUGUACGGCGGCGUCGUCGACGUCAAGUCCUCCGCCGGCGAGGUCCUCUCGGUGCCCUACAUGGGACUGGCGGCGGACCUGCACCGGGCCGUGGGGCCCAUGUUCAUCGACCCGACCAACAUCACCACCACGCGGCGCGCGACGCCCUUGGCCGUCAAACCCAACACGACAUUCACGCUCGCUCCGGGGGCGGCGCAGGACUUUCCCGAGGCCUACAUCCGGCUGCAGUUCGCGACGGCCGAGCUGCGGUGGGACGUGUUCGAGCCGGGCUACACGGAGCGCGACUGGCGGUACCCGCCCGUCGUGGGGCAGAACAAGUACGUCGGCAGCGUCGCGUCGUACGCCCAGGCCACGCGCCAGGGCGGCUUCGACCCGGCCACCAUGAACGCCAGCGACACCGUCAGCCUGCCCAUCCGGUUCGUGCCGCGGUCCGCCGUCGGCAGCUACGGCGAGACGUUUUGGUGGCUCGGCAGGCUGGCCAACGGCACCGCCGUCCGGCCCGGUGCGUACCGGCUCAGGCUGGCCGCGCUGGUGCCGUUUGGCACCCCCGAGAACGCAGACAACUGGGACGUGUUUGACGCGCCGUUGUUGGAGGUGCUCGAGCCGCCCAAGAAUGGGACUGGCAGUGGUUAA